AAAAUAUAUUUAAAUAUCUAUAUUUAAAUAAGGCAGUAAGUACAAUUAAUUAAAAAAAAAACAGUACAGAGUAGUGUAUAGAGAGUGUAUAGCCCUUAAAAUUUAAUUUAAAAAUCCUAAAAUGGUGAAUUCAGAAGAAGGCUGUAAUCAGAGUGAAUCUAUUAGCGAGUUCUUCGCUGGAAAGUCAGUUUUCGUGACGGGAGGCACCGGAUUUCUUGGAAAAGUAUUAAUAGAAAAACUGCUAUAUAGCUGUAGGUCUAUUGACAAAAUCUAUGUUUUAAUUCGGAAAAAGAGAGGUCGGAAUCCCGACGUCCGAAUGCAAUCAUUUUUUGAAAAUGUCAUUUUUUCCCGUAUAAGAAAUGAAAGACCCAGUGAUUUAGAGAAAGUGGUCCCUGUUAUUGGAGACAUGUCAGAACCGAACCUGGGCCUAGAGCACUCAGUCAUUUCCCUUCUAAUUCAAAAGGUGUCAGUAAUAUUCCACGUGGCCGCCACUAUAAAGUUCAACGAGUCCUUGAAAUUUGCUUUGUCCGUUAACUUUGAAGGAACCAAACAGAUUCUUGAGCUGUGUCGAAAAUUGCGGAAAAUUGAUGCAUUAGUCCACGUGUCGACAGCCUACAGCAACACGGAGCAGGACACGGUGGAGGAGAGGGUCUACCCGCCGCCGAACACAUUGCAAGAAAUUGACGAAUUCCUCAAUAAGAGUGGCGAUGAUGUGGAUGCAAGGAAUAUAUUUCUAAAAAAGAAACCGAAUACAUACGCUUACACAAAAUCUAUGGCUGAAUAUUUGGUGUCGACCCAUCAACAGGACAUACCCACCGCCAUCGUCAGACCUUCAAUUGUGCUAUCAACCCUCAAGGACCCGCUCCCAGGGUGGCUGGAGAACUGGAACGGUCCCACCGGCCUCAUGUACGCCGCCGCCCGCGGGGUCCACCGGUUCAUGGCAGCCGACGCGGCCAAGGUCCUGGACCUCAUCCCCGUCGAUACGGUCGCCAACAUGACCAUUGCCGCGGCCGCUGCUUGCAAAAAUUCAAAGGAACUGAAAGUGUACAACUGCUGCAGCAGCCCCAGAAACCCCAUCACCAAUGGAGAGUUCUUGCGAUACUUCAUGGAAUCAGGAGCGUCACAUCACUAUGGUGUGGUUCCAUAUCCGUUCUUGAUUCUAAUUAAAUCCACUAUCGUGCUCUCUAUAUUGAAGUUCUUCUUAGUACUGAUUCCUGCUUACGUGAUGGAUUUAUUUUUGAGACUAUUUGGAAGGAAACCAAAGUACGUGAAACUACAAGCAGUGUUUCAGUAUGCUGAAGAUAUGCUGAAGUUUUUUACACUGAACGAAUGGACCUUUCGUGAUGAGAAUGUCAGGGGUCUGAUCAGAAAUAUGACUCCUGAAGACAGGGAUACCUUCUACUGUGACCCGGCCGAUAUCAAUUGGAGAAAAUACGUAGACGAUUACGUCGUUGGUAUUGACAGGUUCUUGGUAAAGAAAGAUAAAAAUAAUUAAUUUUGGGAAUCGAUUAAUAUUGAUGUGAAGCCGUUUAUAAAUGAUCUUAUAUGUAUAAAGUAUCAUAAGAUUGUUUUGAAAUUUAAAAUAAGGUGUAGGAAUUGCAUACAUUUCAUGAAUAAAUAAC